CUUCAUCCUUCGUGCUGAUCUUGGCCCAUCCGCCACACCAGCAAUGGCAGAUUCGGGCGACAAGAGUCACAUCUACUACGGCGCCAUCCAGUUGGAGGGCCUGCAGGACCGAGGCAAGGCAGACAAAGACCAAGACAUCGACAAGGAUGAGGGUGAGGACAUCCUCAUGGAGGAUGCAGCAGCGGGUGCUGCAGCAGGUGGUGGUGAGGAGGGUGAGCAUGAGAUGGAGUUGUCUGAGGCGGCGCAGGAGUCCAUCGCUAAGCACCAGAGGACCAUGCAGGCAUUCAGCCAGCAGCAGAGGGCUAAAGCUAUCGCGGUCAGUCAGAGGGACAGAGAGGGGAGGAAGGCAACACCAUACCAUGCUGGCGAUGUGUGAUGGAAUUGGUGUGCGUCUGAUGUGUUUGUUGUGUGCAGGCUCCCACUCAGGACAUGGAUGUGCGCAAGAUGCUGCGACAGCUGGGCGAACCCAUCACACUCUUCGGAGAGGGGGUAAGCUGAGCAACACGACACGACACGACACAACGCCCAUUCUCAUGCUCAUGCUCUCUCUCACUGCGUCCAUCUGUCAGCCUGGCGAGCGUCGUCAGCGGCUCAAGGAGCUCCUGGCCAAGAUGGAGGAGGAGGACCCCGACGCCCUCACCGCCCUCCUCGGCCAACACCUGGCCCCCCCGCCUCCCGCAUCCGCACUCCCUGCCGCAGGCGGGCAAUCCAUUUCCAAGCCGCCCAGCGCCCUGGUCCCAGGUGCUGCUGCCAGGGAGCCGGUGGUGCCGACGAGCAUUGAGGAGCAGACGAGUGUCUUUUACACGGAGGGCAGCGAUGCGCUCAAGCAGGCGAGGAUCAAGAUCGCCCAGUACUCUGUGCCUGCGUAAGGACAGACAGGGACACAGAGAGCGGGAGAGGGAGAAUGGAUGUGGGGGGCGGGGUUUGUGUGUGUGUGUGUGUGUGUGUGUGCAGAGCUGCGAGUCGGUUGAGGCGUGAGCGCCUGUUGCGGUCGAAGCUGGAUCCUCUUGAGUAUGAGGAGUCGCUCAGGGACUACCAGACUCACCUUCAGGUGGGUGGGCCCACAACACAGCACAAGAAGCGCCAAGAUGGGUCGGGUCGCAUGUCCGUCCGGACAUCUGCGUUGUUUGCCUCAUGUAUGUUUGUGUCGUGUGUCAGAGUUUCAGCGUGAGCGUGAGUCAGGUGGGCGACGACCGGCCACUCACAGGCGGAUCCUUCGCACCCAACGACGAAUACCUAGCUACAUGUACACGACACACACAUCCAACACACAUCACCUCAAUUCACACAGCCAUUCCCUCUCUCCUUCUCUGUGUGUGUGUGUGUCCCAUCCGUCCAUGCAGGCAGCUGGGCAGGGUUGGUGAAGCUAUGGCGGCUGCCGUCGUGCGAUGCGGCGUGGACCUUCAGGUGCCACACAGACAGGCUGCACGGGGUUGCGUGGCAUCCUGCAUACAAGGGGGGGACUGAGGGAGGCAGGGCGCCGGCAAACAUCCACAUCGCAUCAGGUCAUCAGAACAAAUGGAUGGAUGGAUGGAUGGAUGGAUUGUUGCUCCGUGUGUGUGUGUGUGCAGGUGGUGCUGACAUGAAGGUGAUGUUGUGGAGGGUGCCUGAGGACGGCCACGAGCCAGGCACAGUCGCAGAACCGGCACACACUCUGGAAGGUUGGUGGGUGACACACAACAUACACACGACACUGCAACCAGCAGCACCCAUGUAUGUGUGUGUGUCGGUUGGUUCAGGUCACGAGGACCGCAUCAAUCGCGUGGCGUUUCACCCCAGUGGAUUGUAUGUGGGCAGCACGAGCCACGACCUCACAUGGCGGCUGUGGGACAUACACACACGGCAGGAGCUCCUACUGCAGGAGGGACACGCACGGUCAGUCAGUCAGCACCACACCGACACAGACAGGCAGACAGACGAGAGAGCCGCCUUCCAUGUGUCUGUCGUGUGUCACGUGUGUGAUCAGCGGUGUGUAUCCGAUAUGUUUUCACCCCGACGGUUCUCUGGCGGUGACGGGCGACCUCGGGGGCGCCAUUUGGGUGUGGGACAUGCGCACCGGCAAGACCGUCCUCCCACUCAAGGUAUGUAUCAUCACCCACAGAGAGAGAGAGAGAGAUCCACGUGUCUGUCUGCCUGCCUGCAAUCCGCGUGUGUGUGUAAAUGCAUCAAUCAGGGUCACGUCAAGCAGGUCCUCAGCAUUGACUUCAACCCAAGAGGUGAGUGAUUACAUCACUCACACCCAGCCACACACCAUGUCAACCAACAUUGGGACGCUGUCGUGUUGUGUCGUGUUGUGUUGUGUUGGCUGCGAUGCGUCAGGUUGUUUCGAGCUGGCCACCGCGUCGGAUGACCACACUGUGCGGAUAUGGGACCUCAGGAAACGCAAGUAAGUACCACAGGCCCUAGUGGAUGGAUGGCAUCUCCGGUCUGUCUCGUUCUCUUUCAUGGCAUCGUCUCUAUGUCUGUCUGUCUGUCUGUCUGUCUGUCUGCAGGAGUGUGCACACCCUCCUGGCCCACACCAAGCUCGUGUCAGACUGCAAAUACGAGGUACGUCGCACACAGACAGGACACGCAGCGACCAACGGCACACACACCCGGCGGACACACACCCAAUGUCUUAUCUCUGUGUGUGCGAUGUGAUGUGUGUGAGCAGCCGCGUCGCGGUCGUUUCCUGCUGACGUCAUCGUACGACUGCUUCGCCAAGCUGUGGCACCCUACGGACUGGAAGUGCAGCAAGACACUCGCCGGACACGAGGCACGCAUCAUGGCCGCGGACAUCUCCAACAGUGAGUGCAGCACGUACACAGACACAGGCCACGUGUGCACACGAGACCGACCUGUGGGUGUGGUGUGUUGGGAUGUCUGCAGGUGGGUCGAUGAUAGCGACGGUGUCGUUUGACCGGACGUGGAAGCUGUGGACGACGGCAGGCGAGUGGACUGGCAUGGACAUUGAACACCUCGUCGACUGAAUGAAUGAGUGAAUGAUGAAUGAAUGGACCGACCAUGGACAGAUGCAUGUGCCCAUGACCGAUGCGCAGAGAUGAGACACGUGCGCGUGUGUGUCUCCAGGAGAGGAUGAUGUAUGUAUAGCUGCCCCUCUCUCAAUGGGUCUGCACUUCAUUGCGACCGGCUUGCAUUGAAGUGGAUGGAUACAAGCGAAAAUAAACCCUCAUGAUUC